AUGAGAAGAUCAAUAAGGAAAAUAGGUCUGUCUCAAAGAAUCCAAGAUUGUGAGUUGUUCCAAGAUAACAAAGUCAAUGAUGAUGGUGAUUUCUUCAAUUUUGCACUUAUGGUUGAAUCUGAACCCGUUAAAAUGGAAGAGGCCUUAAGUGAUCCAAAAUGGAUUUGUGUUGUGAAGGAUGAGUUGGAGUUCAUUGAGAAGAACAAGAAUUGGGAUUUGGUUGAUCUACCAAACGGGAUGAAGUCAAUUGGUGUAAGAUGGGUGUUCAAAGUGAAGGAAAAUCCCAAUGGUAAAAUAAUCAAGCAUAAGACUGGAUUAAUUGCAAAAGGAUUCUUGCAAAGAGAAUGCAUGGACCUUGAAGAGGUAUUUGCAUCAGUUGCUAGAAUUAAAACCAUUAUGCUGGUCAUUGGUAUUGCAAAUAAAAAAAAAUAG